UUGGUUUUAUUCGUGACUGAGCGUCCGCACCGGUCAUAUGUGUCGAGCAUCGCGCUUCACUUGACGAGUUAUCUCUUAACCCUUAGUUGGUCCCCGAUACACAUAUACGUUCGGCGAACAGCUGUAGCUCAGCCAGUCUAAAAUUAGUCCGCAGUGGUUAGUCGGUAGCGCACAAACCAGUCGCACGUGCUCCAACUCGUACCCGAGAGAUUGUGUGUUCUUCUGAAAGCCAGCUUUCGAAGAACUUUAUGUGCAAAACGGCCCAACCUGCGCACCUAUGCGAGAUCGCCGGAGUACCUUCACCAAAGAGUACAUAAACAACAUUGUGAACCCCCUUGGAAACCGGCCGGCUCGACCAACGGAAAAUCACUCGUCCCGUGUGGCAGAGGAACGCGCGGCAAUAUCCGAGCCCGCAGAGGAAACAGCCAAGAUCAUGCUGAUGCCGAGUGCUGGAAUCGCCGCCACCAGCGAGGCCGACAGCCUCGUAGGGGGGCUGGGCGGCCUGGGCGUCCUAGGGGCCACGGGCACCCUCAACGGCACCGGCGUCCAAAACAAGGACACGACGUGGACCAAGUUGUUCGUGGGGGGCCUGCCCUACCACACCAGCGACAAGUCGUUGAGGGACCACUUCGCCGUUUAUGGGGACAUCGAGGAGGCUGUGGUUAUCACGGACAGACAGACGGGCAAAAGUAGAGGAUACGGGUUUGUUAUAAUGGGAGACCGGGCUUCCGCUGAAAGAGCGUGUAAGGAUCCAAAUCCAAUAAUAGACGGAAGAAAGGCAAAUGUGAACCUAGCGAUAUUGGGAGCCAAGCCAAGAGGAAAUGUUCAAGCCGGUUUUCCAUUCCCCAGUGUAAGGGCAGGCUACCCCACUCUCCUCCCCAGCCAGUACGGGGUACCACCCGGCUACGUAUACCAAUCACCUUAUUUGGCAGCUACGGCACCCGGCAGUUUGGUACCGCUCCAAGCGACGCAGCUGACGCACGCCGCAGCCGUUGCGGCCGCAGCUACGUCGCAGUUCUACGAAUACCAGAACGCGGUAGCUGCAGCUGCGGCUGCGCCCUACACGGGACAGUACACGAAUGGAUUUGACGCUUAUACGCCUUACACUGGAGCUGCAGGUGCUGCCAGUUAUAUGCCGUAUGCGUAUGCUGCUCUUCCUCAGACCCCUGGCCUGCCUGCUGCAGCAACGACAGGAGCUUUUCCUGGCAUCCCCUACCAAACUGCAGCGCAAGCCCAAAGUCUACAAGAAGCGCGAUUGCAAUAAAUCCCGUGCUCUGAAUUGUCUUGACCUUAAGUGAUUGAUAAUAUUUAAAAUUAGUGAGACACGUUAGAUUUUUAAAAUAUUUGAUAACUCUAUUAUGGAUCUCAGAACAUCUCAGAACAUUCAAAUAGAAAAGACAAUUUCUUUUACAUUUUUUUUAUUACUCUUUUUAAUGUAAAACAUCUCGAAUGAACAAACGACAAUUUUCUUUUCUAAAUUUCUAUUGUGGACUGAUGACAUCAAUAUACAGGGUGUGCAAUAAAUUAUCGAUUCUUAUUUACUUAGAAAAAAUCUGAGAUAUUCUGCAUUUCUCUGAAUGAAGUUUGAAAAAUGGUUAUUCUGUUGGAAAAGUAUAUAAAGAUAAGUGGAAAUUAUAUACUCUCAUUAUAUAAGAAUUCUUUUUCAAACUUUACAAACUACUUUGUAUUAGUGGAUCUGCUAUUUAAUCUAAAAGGUAGAUAUUAUGUUAUAGUAAAUAUAUUAAUUUAUUAUUAGUGAAUUAAUUCCAAUAAUUAGUUACCAAUGAGUAAUUAAAGGUAUAAUGCUCAAUAAAAAUAACAGACUUCGAAUUGCUCCUACUUUUGCAGAGAGUUGUUGUUAAGACUGCAAAAGAAAGUGCAAUAACUACGAAAAUUAAAGUAGAUAGAUUAUUAUUUAAAUAGUUUCUUAUUAUAUUUAAAGAAUAGUUCUAGUCUUAAAUAGGUACAUAUACAUAUAUAAAUAAUACUUAAAUAUAUCCAUAUUAGUAUGUAAAUUAUAUCAAAUUAUAUAGACUAAGUACCUAAUUAUUGGUACAAAACAUUUUUAGAAAGCUUUCAAAUAAAGUACUUAUCGAUUUUAAUAAAGAAUUACUUUAAUUAAUUAUCAUAAAAAAUGAAGCCUUUCUUUUUAACCUUUCUGAAAAUGUUAUUUUAAAAUUGAUUUAAUGUAUGAACCAGGUGUACAGUAUGCACAAAGUUAUUCUGUACUCAGUUGACAAUUGUAUUUCUUCCAGAUGUACCUAAACCACCUUAUAGACAUACCUAAAUUUACACAAUUGUAAUCUAAAAUUGUUAAAAGUUUUCCUAAGGUACGUUGUAAGCUGUAAGAAAUUUAUUAGACCUGCACAUUCAUCAGCCACUUCCACUAUUUUAUAUGACACUGAUGUCAGCAUUUUUUAAUGUACUUCAACUACAUUUUCCUAAUCAUCUUUAUGUAGUAAAAUAUCAGAACAUUAAUUUAUAUGCUACUGUACAUGAAUUAUGAAAAAAGUCACAAAUGCACUAUAUAUACUGAAUAUUUACAAAUUGCGAUAUUUCUUAUCUAAAGACUGUUCUAAAGCUAACACUACUUUAAAAACGUCACUAACUGUAUACUUAUGAAUGUUCCUGUCAACGCACUUAGGGCUAGAAAAUUAUCUAAAUAGUGCAUUACCCAGUGCCUUUUAUCCUUUGUACAACGUUAGCUAGCCAAAAAGCUGCAUUUUCAACAUAUUGAAUAUUUUGGCCCUUUAAACAGCUAAAUGUGAUAACUAAUUGGGAGGUGCAUGGAAAUAACAUCUAGUCAAAUAAUUUAAUUACUGUUUUCACACUCCGUCCAUAAUCAUUGUUUUGGUGCCUCUUUUAAUGGUAAAAUCUAUUCAGCCAUAAUAGACUCACAAUUUUUAAGUUGAUUUUCCUACUCUUCCUUGUUGAUAUGAAAAUUAGGAGGUAAAAAAGACGAAUGCAAAUUUAAGGGAGAUAUAUUUUUAUACAGUAUGAUAAGGUAUAACAAAUACUGUAAAAUUUGUAUAUUCAAAUUAUUCUCUUAUAACAUUGAUGUGGACGUAUUAGCAGCCCUUUCCUUUCUAUAUGGGAAAUGUACAUAAUAAAUGUCAUUAUUUGGUAAAUAUAGCUAGUAGAAUUAUUUAUAAAGGCUUAGUUUAACUUUGCCGGUAAUUAAAUUUUUGUUAUGGUGGCCGAACCGCGUUUACUUUUGUUUUAAAAACUUCGUAUUACUAAGUACAGUAAUAUGUCAUUGUUAUUAUUCGAACUUAAAUUAUUUUCUACUAAGAUAAGAUAUCUAAUGUAAUCAGUUAAAUAAAUAUUUCUAAAAUA